AUGCAGCUUCUACGCUUUCUACGGUACAGCUCUACAAAUGCACUUGCGCAGGGCUCCUUAUCAUCUCUACUACACUUCCACAACGCAGAAAAAUGGCCAAAAUACAUGAAAGAACUGAUUGACAAGAACGUGACGGUCACCCGGGAUUUUAUCACGCCGGACGAAGAAUCCGAAUUGUUGCGCGAAAUCGAGCCUCACAUGAAGCGGCUCCGCUAUGAAAAGUCGCACUGGGAUGACGCAAUACACCUUUAUCGUGAGCGCGAGCAGCGAAAGUGGUCGCCUCAAAACGAAAAUGUCAUUCGGCGCAUCAGAGAAAGCUCCUUCCCUGCUGAUACUCAGCAUCUGACCUACGUACACAUCCUCGAUUUACACAAGGACGGCGUGAUCAAGCCGCACAUUGACAGCAUCAGGUAUUGCGGCGACGUCAUCACGGGCGUCUCGUUGCUUUCCGAUUGUGUAAUGCGGCUACGACAUAAAGAUGACAAAAGCGUGAAAGUGGUAGAUUUAUUGCUGGAGCGAAGGAGUCUAUAUAGAUUGGGGGACCUGGGACGGUACGACUUUACGCAUGAAAUUCUGGAGGAGGAAGACUCGGAAUUCAACGGAGUGAAGGUGCCACGGGAUCGUCGAAUCUCUUUGAUAUGUCGAGAUCUGCCAAAACCUGGCAAUGAGCUUCAGGAAGGGGAGGUCGAAAAACAGACGGAAAUUGUCCAGAACGACCACUUUACUUUCGCCCUCACGAUGCCGGCUAUAACCCUGAAAUCUGGACGAGAAUUGGUGACUGUAGACGAGGAGCAACUGAACAAGAAUCUACGGGCUGGCGGAUUCUCGAAGGUGUUGGAUUCUGAAGAAUUCGCCGGGAAAGAUUUGAUCAGCAAUGUGUACGAAGGUGGACUGAAGGUCUGGGAAUGCAGCACCAACCUGUGCGAUUAUAUGGAAGAACAUGCAGCUGUGUUCAGCGGCGCUUCUGUUUUGGAGCUUGGCUGCGGAGCGGCGUUUCCUGCGAUUCUUGCGGCAAAGUUGGGAGCACGAGAAGUGAUAGCCCAGGAUUAUAACGACUACGUCACCAAGUGUUUUUCUGAGGGUUGUUUUGCAGCGAAUGAAGUGCCGACCAAGAAUGUAAAGUUCCUGGCGUGUGACUGGGCAAAAAUACCCGAAUUUCUACCUUCCAAAAGCAUUGAUGUGAUCAUGACUUCCGAGACAAUUUACAACACGCUCAACUACCCGUCUUUGAUUGAAGCGUUCGCCCAUUGCCUUGCGCCAGAGGGGACAGUAUUGAUAGCUGCAAAAGAAUACUACUUCGGGUUGGGCGGCUCUGUGCCUGGGUUCCUGGAAGAAGUCGACAAAUCCGGGCUCUUUUCGCACGAGAUCGUCUGGAGAUCCCCGUUCCAGUCUGGCUACCAGAAACAGAUUGUUGAGUUGAAGCGGAGA